AUGAUGCGCGUAAGGCCCCGCAGCCCCAGCGCCGACCCCGCGCCCUCCUGGUCACCGCAGCCACCACCAGCACCCAGCCCUGCCAAGCGCCGCCGCCUCCACCAGGAGCCCGCGCGCCCCGAGCCCCUGGCUCAGCCCGAGCUGGAAGCGCCCGGCGAGCCCGCCAGCAGCGCGCUCACCUCCGUGGUGUUCCUGGCCCCGGGCAGCGCCCUGCAGCUGCCCCUGGACGGCGUCGACCUGCUGCUCGAGCCAGAGCCCUCCUCGGUCCUGCAAGUGUCGCUCCAAGGACACACUAUUCUCCUGGUUCCCGAGGGACUCCUGGCAGGACCCCAGCCCGGACAGCCUGAAUUCGUGGCCUCCAGCCCGCAGGGAGCCGGUACCCCGGACAUGCCCCAGGAUCACCUCGAUGGCCUGCAGCAAGAAACCUUCUGUGAGUACUUCUACCAAGAGGAUGUCUGUGAUGAAGAUGCAGACUUGGACUUCCUGGCGCCCUGGGAUAGGCCUCCAGAGGGUCAGGCCUCUGAGAGCCUUUCCUCCAUCACAGGGGUGCCCAGCCCUAGGUCUCAGGACCGUGUCCUAGAGCCAUAUCUUCUGGUGCCUUCCACUGGAGCAGAGCGAUAUUCUCCGAGGUCCAUUUAUGAACUGGACAGCAACCUGCUGGGACCCUUCCCUGGCUCACCACUGCAGCCUCUGCCUCCAUCUCCUCCGCGGAGUCCCCAAGAGGAGCAUCCGCCACGCCCUCCAUGCUCUCCAAGGGCCCCUUGCAAGGCCCGGAAGCGACUGUUCUGUGAAUGA